AUGUAACUGGCGGGCGCUGGACCGUCACAGUCGUCGGCAGGCUUUGGGGGCGCAAGUGGGAAAAAACAAAGUUUCGUUGCGGUGGCGUUGAUUUGGGAGCCAUGACUUGUGUAGUGGUUUUGGUGGUUCCCUCUCCAUUCUCUCGUUUUCGUGUUAUUUUAUUUUCUUCCUUCUUCAAACCAUUUUCUUCAACUUUUGUUGUUCACUUGCUUCACUUUCUUCAAUUCUUGCUGCUCCCACACAAAUCAGCCCCUCACUUCUCCGAUAGCCGCCCAUCGCUCGCUAAUCGCAAUGCCAGCUCCUACUGCCCCGCCUACCUGGUGGCCCAAGUCGGUCUCUUACAGCCAGGUGUCCAGCACCGAGGAUGUUAGCAAAAUGACAGAGCAUGACCAGUAUCGCCAGGAACCAAAAAGGCGAGAGCUGCCAGCGCCUAACAGCGCCAUUAUGUUUGGUCUUGCAUCUGUAGGCGCCAUGUCUUUGCUUAUACUCGCCUUCUUCGGCGUCAUGACUUUCUACGAGGCCACAAUCGGCAGCAGCAGCAUGCGCGAUAUCAACCCACGACCUUGCGGCAACUCGUCCACUGAGGCCAGAGCCAAUGGCUGCGUUUUCAACCAAUUGACAUGGUCUUGGGUCCCGAAAUCAUGCCCGAGCUACGCGGACCAAGAAUUCAAAGAAUACCGCGACUGGAAGUACUACGCAGACCUCAAGGGCGAGGUUGAAGCCAACAGCGACAUCUGGGAAAAGGUCUACAAUAACGAGAUGCCACUGUACACUGUCAAGGGCGAGCAUAUGACGCAUUGCGUGCAUUUACUGCUCAGCAUGGCCCAGGUCGUUCGCGAUGACAGCCCAACCAUCCCCAAGCUGCGCGAGUACGAGCACAUCAAGCACUGCGCAGACCACCUACUCAUGAAGCUGAGCAUGCUACCCGACUUUGACAAGAUUGGAACAAAAACACCACUUGUUUCCUACGAGCAGAAUUGUCAAGCAAAAAAGUAAACAAAAAAGAAAGAGAGUGCCAGUAGCCGGAUCAGCUGCCUAUACCCUUGUAUGCUAGAAUAUCUUAUCAUGUCUUUUCUUUUUUUGUUUUGUUAUAUAUAGACUCUACCAAAGCGAGGCGAAUUGACUUUGGACCCCAAAUCUGCGAAUACAAUGGACUUGGAAAAAAGCAACUCUCGUUUGUGUUCUGACAUUCAGACAUGUCUCACUAAAAUAUACAACUAUUGCCGUUGGCCCCCUCGGCAGUACAUCUGCAGAGCAUGACAUGAUACGGUUGGUAGGCAGCAAAAAGCAAGUAAUACAUGAC